GGAGGGGCCGGAAAACCCUCCAUUCUCUGAGAGGAAAUCUUUGUUUAAGGGUUGGAUGGCCGACACUGGCCAGAGUUUCAAGAAGAUGUGAAAACUUCCUGCAGCCACUGGAGCCUCGUGGAACGGUCUGGGAGACUCGCGGGUCCGCAACACAGUGGCGGGAACCUCAGCCCGGCGAUCCUAGAAUCUCCCAGGUCAGAAGAGCUGUAGUGAAACAGGGUUGUUGACAUACGGUGAACUUCUCUCAGGAAGAAGAGGAAAUGCCUGGACCUCACUCAUAGGGUUUUGUACUGAGAUUGAAUAUUGCAGAAUUGCAGCAGUCCUGUUUCUGGCUUGCACUUUUCAGCUACACCUGCUUAUCGUCGAGCAGGACAACGUGCCCAGGAAGGUGGAGAAAGAGGCAACAGUAGCAAAGGAUCCAGCAACCUGCACAACACAAUUUGGGAAUAUGAAUGAUACCACCAGGAAGUCCAAGAUAUUUGUAGACAUUGUGAGUGGUCUGCUGACUUCUUAGCAUCUUCUUGUAGGUCUUCUCAGAAGUUAAUUAAUGAACAGUAAAUGAGGGACUGGAGAGGCAGCUCAGCACUUGAGAGUACUUGUUCUCAAAGAGAAUCUUGGUUCAGUACUCAGCAUGGAUGAGAUAACAGUACAGGCAAGAAGGGGUCCAGCCAUUGUUCUUGAAACAGAAACUCAGAGCAGAUCAACAGGAAGAAAUGGCUGCUUCUCCAUUAAGUACAUCCCAGGGUCUGUUGACAUUUGGGGAUGUGGCUUUGGACUUCUCCCAGGAGGAGUGGGAAUGCUUGGACUCUGCUCAGAGGGCUCUGUACAUUGAUGUGAUGUUGGAAAAUUACAUCAACUUGGUCUCUGUUGAGAAGCAUCACAUGUGUGGUAAAUAUGAGAAGGUCUUGGAUCAACACUCAGAGCAUCAACAUGUGAAUAUCCAAGAAAAGUCUUACAAAUAUAAAGAGCUUGGCAAAAUGGUUCAUGAAUCCUCUUCAUGUACACCUUAUAACACAAGUAGUACUGCAGAAAACUGCAACAAGUACAGCUACCAGGAUGCUUCCAUUGAAUCAUCCCUAAUCAGACAUAAUAGUAUACACACUGGAGAAGAACUUUUCAAAUAUAAAGAGUGUGACAAAUGUUUAUGUUCCAACAUUAGUCCAAAUCAGAGUAUCCACGCUAUAAAGAUGGAACACAAGUAUACAGAAAGUGAUAAGCUUUGUGGCUCUACACACAGACUUGUACAGCAAAGAACUCAUAGUGGAGAGAAAGCACAUAAUUGUGGGAAAUGCUUUAGGAGUUGCUCAAGCCUCAGUACACAUCAGAGACUUCACACUGGAGAGAAACCAUGGAAAUGUAAAGAAUGUGGUAAGUCCUUUAAGUGGUUGUCUCAUCUUAAAGCCCAUUGCAGAAUCCAUACUGGAGAAAAACCUUUCAAAUGUAAUGAAUGUGAUAAAGGCUUUUCACUGUUAUCUAGACUUAAAAGCCAUUAUAGAACCCAUACUGGAGAGAAGCCUUACAAAUGUGAGGAAUGUGGUAAGUGCUUUUCUCGGUUGUCAAGACUUAAAAACCACUAUAGAAUCCAUACAGGAGAGAAACCUUACAAGUGUAAGGAAUGUGGCAAAUCUUUUACCCAUUGCACAGGUCUUAGUACACAUCAGAAAAUUCAUACUGGGGAGAAACCUCACAAAUGCAAAAACUGUGGUAAAUCCUUUCAUCUGCUGUCAACUCUUAAAGAACAUUUCAGAGUCCACACUAGAGAGAAACCUUACAAGUGCAAAGAAUGUGGUAAGUUCUUUCAUUGGUUGUCAGGCCUUAAAAGCCACUACAGAAUCCACACUGGAGAGACACCUUACAAAUGUAAGGAGUGUGACAAGUCAUUUUCUCAGUUAUCAAGACUUAAAAGCCAUUAUAGAACCCAUACUGGAGAGAAAUCUUGCAAAUGUUUAGAAUGUGACAAAUACUUUACCCAAUGCACAGCUCUUAAAAGACAUCAGAAAAUUCAUACUGAUGAAAAACCCUACAAAUGUGAAGAGUGCAGCAAAUGUUUUUAUGUGUUGUCUCACCUAAAAAGCCAUUGCAGAACCCAUACUGGAGAGAAGCCUUACAAAUGUGAGGAAUGUGGUAAGUGCCUUUCUCAGUUGUCAAAACUUAAAAGCCAUUAUAGAAUCCAUACAGGAGAGAAACCUUAUAAGUGUAAGGAAUGCGACAAAUCCUUUACCCACUGCACAGCUCUUAGUACACAUCAGAAAAUUCAUACUGGAGAGAAACCCUACUCAUGCAAAGACUGUGGUAAAUCCUUUUAUCUGUUAUCAAGACUUAAAGAACAUUACAGAGUCCACACUGGAGAGAAACCGUACAAUUGUAAGGAAUGUGGUAAGUUCUUUCAUUGGUUGUCAAACCUUAAAAGACAUUCCAGAAUUCACACUGGAGAGAAACCUUACAAAUGUGAGGAAUGUGACAAAUCCUUUACCCACUGCUCAAGUCUUAAAGCUCAUCAGAAAAUUCAUGCUGGAGUAAAACCCUACAAAUGUGAAGAAUGUAGUAAGUCCUUUUAUUGGUUGUCAAACCUUAAAACCCAUUCCAGAAUCCACACUGGAGAAAAACCUUACAAAUGUGGUAAAUGUGACAAAUCCUUUACCCAGCGCUCUCUUCUUACAAAGCACAACAGGAUCCAUACUAGAGAAAAACAUGAAAACAGGAAAUAUGUGAGAGCUUUUGAUGAAUGAUUAAAUCAUAGAAAAUGCCAAGAGUUUAUACUAAUUCAUGAGGACAAAAUGUAGUCAGAAAUUCAAACCAGAAAUAAACCAGAAGCAUGUUCACUGUUGUGAAAUCCUCAUGUCUUAUGCAGUAGAAAUUCCAUGCUAGAAAACCCAUGAUAUGCAUUGAUUUUUUUUUUUUCAGUUUUUACAUAGUGUUAAAAUUGUAGAUACAUCUGAAAAUUCAUCCUGAAGGGAAACCCAAGAAACUCCUUUAAUAAUGAGUCCUCUUUUUUUUUUUUUUUUUUACCUUCAGUAUAAUCAUUCAGGAGUCAAACUGUACAGACAGCAUGAGUAUGAGAAUUGUUAAAGAGAUAACUUGUGGAUGUGAUACAUGUACAUGCAUAGCCUGGAAGUCCCAAAGAAUGGGCAGGAAAAUUGGUUUUCCUGUACUCAAGAAAAUUGGAAAAGUAUUUAGUCCAACUGAAAAACACAGUGAUUCAUAUAGAAACACUAAGACACAGACAUUAGACAAACAAGUGUAUUGCAAAGAAGGAAACCAAAUGAGUAAAGGAAUUUGUUAUGUAUUUGAGUGGAGGAGGAUAUUUCUAUUUGAAUAAAUAUAUAAUUCAUAUUAACAUUUGGGUAAUGCUAGUAUUGGAAUUUGAUGAAAUGUAAACACAAUAGGUUUUUUUUUAUACUCAGAUGCAUCUAUGCUGUCUUGCUUACAGAUAUUUUAUGAUAAUGUAUAUCUAUUGUUGCUGCUUCAGUGCUGAUGAAUCUGAGUCAGGAGUGGUGAAGUUAGGUAGCUAAUGACUGCUAACCAUCUGGUGACUCCAACUAUCUAGACAGACUCAUGAUGGCAACUUUAGAUUCUCCCUGGGUCAAGUCUUCAUGCAGAUGCUGCAUAGACCAAGGCCUCUCUGCUUGAUGACCUUUUGAAAACUAUACUAGUUCAUGGCAGUGUUACAGUCCCAGAGAGAAUUCUGUCAUUGUGUGCCUGUGGAAGACCACUUAAAAAAAACAAAAACAAAAACAAAAAAACACUCAUCCCUGAUUAUUUUCUUCAUUGGUUCACUAUGUAAAAAAGCCAUGGUAACCUGAGCAGAAUCCUGUCUUGGAAUCCCUUUGGUUUCAGGAGUUAUUCUUCGCCUUUAUUUCUUAUGGUGGUUGAAGUGCCCUACUCUGUUGGAGUUCACUUUUCUUCGUGUGGGCAGGAUUCUGAGAUCAUGGUACCUUACAGGCAAUGUAGCUUGCUGCCUGUUGCUCCUAACAAUCUACUCUCUGUUAAUAACGUGUCAUUAAUAUCACUUGGUCCAUGAAAAAUCAGUAGUCUAAGCAAGCUUCAAUACUGUAACACAAAUGGAGAUGAGUUUUAUUUUGUAGAAGGAGGAACACGUGUAUGAUGUAAGAGCAAUAAGAAGGGAAAAGGGCUAUCCAAGUCUUCAAUAGGCAGACACAGGGGGAUCUCAAUAACAUAUUUUAGAAAUAUCUGAAAAAAUGAUAAGUCCGUAGAAUUGCUGAUCUCUAUCUAGAUAUCCUCAAUGAAAUUUAUGUAGGAAAAAAUAGAGUUAUCAAAGGAAAGUCAAAUCUAAUAUUUGAGAAUAUAUAGUUGUAUUGAACAAUGUGUACCAUGGAACUCACACCUUGGCUUUCUUUGAAAAUGGUCAAUAGUAACUGUAGGUUUCCAUAUUUUAGUAAAGUAACAUCCCUCUUAUUGUUAUCUAUACUUUUUGUAAAACCACAUAUAUUUUUAAAUGUUCUACAACUCUAUGUAAGGUGAUUUUUAAAAAAUGAAUAAAACAU